AUGGCGAGCCCUGCGUCGGUCGAGCAAGACGUCAUGGCUGUCGACAUAGGUAGCAUUGACAUCAGCACCGCGACUGGGAUCAAGACGACAGCGACGACGAGCCGCCUUCCGCUGGCGAUGGACCCCCGCCGCGUACCAGACUUUAGCCGCAGGAGUCUGCGUCGACGGAGCGGCGAAGCCUCGGCCCACGUGACCCGUCGCAUCUCCGCAAUCGCUCGACAGGCCGGGUCGCUCGGGCGCAGUGCGUUCACGCUACGGCGCAUCUCGAUGGUUUCGUCCAUGGACCUCAAGAUCGACGCCCUCACGUCACGCGACGUCGCGACGACAUAUGUGCUGUUCCACCUCUCGCUUGCGCUCGGGAUGGUGCUGAGUCUCACAACGGUGCAAUUCUGGCUCAACACAAGCCACAGCCCGAGUGCCGCUGGAGGGGGCGAAGGGCUCUGGUUCCUCAUUAGUAUCGGCCACUACGCGAGUUAUGUCUUCAUCUCGGUCGUGUGCGGCGUCUUUGCGCGCCGCAUUUACACGCUCCCGGUGCGCCAGCCCGUUCAGGAGACAAUGGCGUACAUUGCAAGCACGUACGGCGUCAUUACACUUGGCGAGUUCCUCGUGGAAGCAUCGCUUUCUGUGCGCGCCGGCCACGUGUGGAGCAUGUGCCACGAUAGCGGCGACGUCGAGCCCGUGAGCUUGGUCGUUCGCAACGUCCUCAACGCCCUUCAAGCCACGGUCUUCUACGUCGUGCUCACAAAGGUCUGCAGCUGCUUUCGAGUGAGCGAGGCCACGCACCAUGCAACCCGCGUCACGCACAUCGGACCGUCAGCAGCCAUGUUCCUCGUCUACAUCGGUCUCCGUGUCUACCUCGGCGUCGCCAACGGCAUCAUUUUGGACUACGUGCCCACGACCAACGCGAUCACGACACUUCGGCUCUGGUACGCGGAGGAGGCGACCGUGACGCCACCGCUCAGCGUCGUCACGGCCACCUUGGUGGUCACAGCGUGCGAUGUUGGCUUCUCUCUGUGGGCGUGGGCCGAGAUCGUAGCUGUGCGCCGGUCGUUCCGCGAGACUUUUGUGCGCAACCUCUCCAAGCUUCUCACGGCCUUCAACUUUUUCAUGUACUACAACGCGCGGAUGAUCUUGGUGCUCAUCGCGAGCGGCCACUUCGUCGCGUG